AUGAGUGACGAGGCCCUGCGCAAGAGAGUGUCAAAGGCUUGCGAUGCGUGCCGGGCUAAGAAAAUCAAGUGCGACGGAUGCGACCCCUGCUCCAACUGCAAGAAAGUCUCCCAAGAGUGCGGCUACACAUACGUUGUGAAGAAACGGCAGAAGCCGCCGACCCGGGUUUCGAACCGGAAAAUUCUAGCCGAUCUGUCGCAGCGGCUGGUUCGCCUCGAGGGCAUCCUGACGCAAAUCCGCGACGGGCCGCUGAACCUCGACGAUGCGAGCAUCGCGGAGUCUGAUUCCAAGUUUCACGCAGCACCCGCCCUCGCAGAGCUUCGCAGCGCGAACCCAUUGCGCAGAAGCUCGGAAAGCGACUCAGCUCAGUCCUCGGAGCUCGAGAGCGAGCUCGAGCCCAGCGACAUGGACUACGAGGCUCUGCCGCAGAGUGGCUCGCUUGGCGGGUAUUGCGGGAGACACUCAGAAAUCGACCAAGGGCCAAGUGCAACCCUGGGCUCGAAGUUGGUGAACGAUAGCCCCGUAGUCACGUUACCUUACACGCCCGUCAUCAACUCCGCGUCAGACACAACAGAAGUGGUUCAGGACUCGCAGCUCAACACCGACGGGUAUUUGGGGCUGCACUCCGCGUUCUCCAUCUUCAAAGACAGCGGCAUACAGUGGAUGCGGCAGAAGCUCAACGACAACCAAGAGCUCGUGCGGGCAGUUCAGCAGAUCAAAAUCAUUAUGUGUUCCGACAAUUUCACUAAUUUCGGCAAAUUCUUCGAGAAAACCAGCGUUAUCGACACGUAUGACUUCCCUCCGCCGGAAACAUGCCGACGGUUAUUCAUCACCUUCCUCGAGCAUGCUGCCCCGGUUGUGCCCCUCGACAUUUCGUCUGAAAUCCUCACAUUGCAGGAAAAGUUCUUUGUUUCCCCAAGAACCCUAAACGGAGCCGAGCUGUUUCUCAUCGUCGCAGUAUUGUUUGUGGCUUCCACGAUCCAAUGUCAGAUCGCCUGUUUGAAAAACGACGAGAUAUCUAAAUGGCAUAUGGUCCAGACCCAGAUGGUGCUGAAAUCUCUCAGACUGUACCAGCAGACGGUGCUGAGAUUCUCGGCAGAUGCCGUGCUUUACACCAAAGGUGUGCUGGUUUACUGCUGGCUUUUGGAAAAUUCUCCCACUCCACAGCUGGCGUAUUUGGCGUUGUCGACAGCCAUUAGAUUAGGCCAAGAAGUUGGCUUGCACUUGCGGGAAUCCUACUUCAACACCAGCGGCCCAAGUGAGGCGCUGAGGCGCCUUGUUCUGUGGAUGAACUUGUACCGAUACGAUGUGUUUUUGUCCAUCCGAACUGGCAAGCCGGCCCUAAUACACGACGGGGACACGAGCUCCUUGAACGAGUGGGAUUUUUACCAGUACAUGAACGCAUAUUGCAGCGGUGGCAAGACGGCGUUGAGCAAGGCCGCGCCCGACCCUGACUCUCAUGCAUGGAUGAGAAAACUGGAAGAUAAUCUGGAGAUUUUUGCUAGCGAAUCUUUAGAAAACCUAGACUUCGCUUUGACCUACUACCAGUGGAAGUUGGUUCAGUAUUCCAGCAAGUGUUACCGGUACCUGCUCACUUGCAAGGCCAUGGUCCAAAGCAGUUUCAAGCGCCGUCUGACGUUAAUCAAAGCCCUCAACCGAGACUUGGAGGAAUGGCAGGCUAUGCUGCCGCCCUCACUCAGACCUGCCGGCGGCAUUAGCAAUUUGAUGCAAACAUUGAAACAACUGGAAACUAUGCCCCGCCGCCGUGGAGAAGCGGAGCCCCCCUGGUCGUUCAUGGACUCGACCACCGCUUCUCUGCGUCUGAAGAUUAUAAACAUGCACCUAGAAUACUACUCGAGUUUGUUGCACACAAAUUGCACGUUGAAUCGCAUCCCAUGGUGCGCGAGCCCCGAGCCAGCGCCUCGCGACCCGGACGCGUUAGCUGCAAGCGAGAAAUGCACAUACGCGGCUAGGAUGAUGAUAAAAUUGGGAAAGCUUGUAAUGGAACCUGAAGAACCCAACAUGGUUCUGCGCGGCAUCGCCUUCUACUGCGUUUUCAAUGGAUUUCUUAACAUGUUUUGGCGGUGUAUAGAGCACCCUCAAUCUUCGAAAGAUGACUUGCUGCUCCUCAAUUCUACAUGCUUAUCAAUUUCAGCGGUAGCCAAGGUCAACAAGACAGAGUUUGGCCUGAAGUGGGCUACUGUCGCGUUUUUGUGCUUGAACUUCCAAAAAGCUGCCGUGGAGACUUACGAAGCGAGCUGCGGGUCGAAAGACCCGGAGCUCGACCUUUCCGUCAUUCGGAGCGAGAUAGAAUCUCUGCAUCCCAUCCUCGGGCAACAGGCACAGGGGAUCACCGUCCAGUUGCACGUGAUAGACGAGUCGCGCAACAAUCUGAGGAGCGCAGGCGAAGCGGACGCUAGAAGCGAGCGUCAACUUCUCAACACCUGGUUCAGCGGUUUGCCGGGAACAAACAGCGGGGGCAUCGGCGUGCCCGCGUACGGAGCGGGCCCUGGUCAAGGAUCUACGGCGGCCGUACUAGAUACCCUGGAGGUUCCCAUGGUUUCGCAGCAGGCCGCCGACGUGUACGGGCUGCAGACCGGGGCCAAACCCGAAGAAGAGUCGUUGCUAGGGUCGCAGGUUCUCGACCUCGGAGCCCUGUUUUCCGCGGCGGACUCCACCACCGAGCUUCCAACGUUCUUCUACUUCUGA